GGAUUGCGUAACAAAGCUAAAAAGUGGCGUGACUAGGCACGCUGUAAAACCACAGUAAAUUACUGCCUUAGCUGAAAAUUGGUUGGCCGUGCAAAUGAAGUCUAGGGCAUCUCCAGAUCGUUGCAGGAGUGGCCUGACCUGGUAGAACCCUCCUUCCUGUGGCAAGAAAAAAAGUAAUUCUGAUGAAUUAGGUGGUGUUUAAAUGUCCAGAAGGAUCAUACAGGAUCACUUUAUUUUGCUUAAAUGGUAUUGUAUAAUUUCAAUUUUUCUGAACGUACAUUCACAUAGAAGUUGAGACCUAGUGGUUAUAUUGGUUGUUGUAGUACAGGGUACAUAGAAGCAGGUUCUGGUUCAGGCUGUAUCCUUUGGCCAGACAAACAAAAUUAGAGGAUGGACCUUUGAACUGACACCAUUUUUAGACCUUGGGGAAGUACAGAAUGUAACUGCCGGUCAACAGGAAUUACUUAACUUUGCUUUUAAGCCAGUGGAGCUGGCAGUUUUGGCAUUAAUAAGAUAUUCCCUUAACUGGGAAGUUAUUUAUGGGUUAUGAAGCAAAUAUGUUUCCUGAUUAGCAGGAAAAAUCGCCUUUUUAUCAGUCAAAACUUAAUCAUAUGAUGAACUACAGAGACUUUGAUUUGAUCAGGGUGUUUACAUUAUGUGAAACAGUUUUUCUUCUAGAUUCUACUCUAGUCUUUUCUUAAAAAAAUCCAUAAACUUUAAAGAAUGAGAGUGGCACACCUUAAAAUUUAGAUCUGUUCCCUCCCUCUCCCUGGGUUUCUGACUAACCUACUAAGAAGGCAAAAUGGAGACUAAUUUUAAGUAAUUGUAGGAUGCUGGAGUUUGACUUGUAGGCCCAGCCUCGAAACAGAGCACUGUCUUUAUGGACAUCUUUUUAUAGUUGCUUAUUAAUGUGCUCAAAAUACCUGCUUGCAGUGAAGCUUCGUGGUCAUUGAAGAGGAUGUUCUAGGAAAGCUUUCUUGGCAGUCGAGCCUAUUUGUCAAAGACACUAUUAAAAGCUUCAGGAACUUGCAUGUGCUUCUUGUUUACCUGCGUGAUUCAAGAAGGCUUUUCUGGAGCUUCACAUAGGACAUCCUCAGAGAUUGGAUUUGGCUCCUAUAUUAACAAGGAAGUUCUGAAAGGGUGGUUGGAACAAGGAGCCUGGUUGGGAGGGCACAGACAGGUAACCGGGAAUGGGAUGAGGACUGUUCGUGGCCCUCUGCUUAGAGCAACAGCCCUUCUGGUUUCUUCCCUCUGCCUUUUCUAAUUUCACCCUGGGAUAAGAACGCUGAGUAACUGUUUUGCAUUGGUAAAUAUCUAUCUGAAAGGAAAGCAGGAUGACUUGAAGUUGUAGCAGCCGUGUUCAGGGUGAAAUUGCAGAGGAGGGAGGUGAGGGAAGCGGCCUGUGUGUACUUUCCCCAGCAGCGAUAAUAAUGCGUGGUAUGUGUCAGGUGCUUCUGCUCCUUUCCUGUUUAUGUACGUGAGUGUGAGACAGACAAACAGCUAAAUCCCCAGGUAUGGAGCACAUACGGUAACACAGGCGUGCACGGGUGGACUGUGCACCUGCUGUGUGCUUGGGUUACAGGUAUCAGCAGGCGGCGGAGCUGCUCAUGUGCCCGUAGCUGUGGUUUCCCUGGGCUGUACCACGGUGUGAAGGGAAAGGCUCUUGCAGUUCAUUGCAUCAUGCAGAUAGGGUGCCAUCAGCUUACAGUGAUGUGCCCUUGUUGUGAUUUAUCUCCUUGGAGAAGAAGAGUAUAAAUACCAGUUGAGUGUAUAAAGCACAGUACUUAGAUGUUAAACCAUUGAAUAAGCCUUGUUUUAUUCUCUGCUUCAUAACCUCAUUAGAAAGAGUAAGGCUUUAGUAAAAAAAUCCACAUGUGGCAGGUCUCCUUUGAACAUCUGUCUCUGACAUUUCUGUUUAGAGCAAAGUGGAGACAAAGGCAUAUAAAUAAAGCCAAUAGUAUGAAAGUGAAGGUUGCAGGAAGAGGGAGAUAAAGCAAAAAGCUGUAUGGCCAAGAUGCUUGUUUUUGCUUGUGAAUAGCCUGUGUGUAAGGCUACAGCAGUGGGGUAUCAGUUUACUUAAGGGAUUAGUUGGUUGAGGGAGAAUCAGUCAUCUGUGGGUUUCUAACCUAGACCAAAGGUUAUUUCCUUCUAGUUAUUAUUCAGUGUAAAAUAAGACAGCGUCUUCUGUGAGGUAAGCAUAUGCCCAGAUACUGGCACUUAACAAGGAGCUGUGCUGGCAUUGCAACUUACCAGACUUAGGAAGCUGAAUGAGUUUGGUAGAACUAAGCUUAAAGAAUUUCCUUCCUUUUCAGGUCAGCUGGUGGCAGCUAACCUGAGGCUACAGAGGCAUUUUUGUAAUUAAAAUAUUUGCUGUAAUUCUUGGCCUGUCUUGACUCUUAUCAAGAGUGACUCUAAAGGUGAACACUGUCCUGACUCUUAGCAGAUAUCAGGUAAUCAAUCACCAGAGACCCUCCUGCAAAAAUGAGGAGAUGGUGGUCAUCAGAUGAAAGCCUUUAGACAUGUCAGGAGCUGAGUUCCAAGGUCCCAAUUUCCCCCUGAAAUUAUGGAUUCCUGACAGGAAACCUAGCCUGAUACUUUCUGCUCUACUUUGGGCUCUGGCAAGACAACUGUUGCUGGAAUUUGGAGCUUGAGAGGUUGCCAUAUGCAAUGGACACUGAUCUCAGUUCCCAGGACAGGAAGGACCUGGACAAGUUCAUCAAAUUUUUUGCUUUAAAGACGGUACAAGUAAUUGUCCAGGCCCGACUUGGAGAGAAAAUCUGUACCCGAUCAUCGUCCUCCCCAACAGGCUCUGACUGGUUCAACUUAGCAAUCAAAGAUAUACCAGAGGUUACUCAUGAAGCAAAGAAGGCCCUGGCAGGACAACUGCCCGCUGUUGGACGGUCUAUGUGCGUGGAGAUUUCUCUCAAAACCUCAGAGGGGGACUCCAUGGAGCUUGAAAUUUGGUGUCUAGAAAUGAAUGAAAAGUGCGACAAAGAAAUCAAAGUUUCAUACACUGUAUACAACAGGCUGUCUCUGCUGCUGAAGUCUUUGCUUGCUAUAACCAGGGUGACUCCAGCCUACAGACUCUCAAGGAAACAAGGCCAUGAAUAUGUAAUAUUGUACAGGAUAUAUUUCGGCGAAGUACAACUGAGUGGCUUGGGCGAAGGUUUCCAGACAGUCCGUGUUGGGACAGUGGGUACUCCAGUGGGCACCAUCACUUUGUCUUGUGCCUACAGAAUCAACCUUGCUUUCAUGUCAACCAGGCAGUUUGAGAGGACCCCUCCUAUCAUGGGGAUUAUCAUUGAUCACUUUGUGGACCGUCCCUAUCCCAGCUCUUCACCCAUGCAUCCCUGCAAUUACAGAGCUGGUGAGGACAAUGGUGCAGUAUACCCCUCAGUGGAAGAUUCCCAAGAAGUGUGCACCACGUCUUUUUCCACCUCUCCUCCAUCUCAGUGUGUUUUUACUGUCACAAAGACACAUUUUCAGACCCCUCCUCCUGUGGUGACGGACACCUUGAAGGUCCCAGUGAUGGGACUGGCCUUUUCACAUCAACUUUCCAGCUCUCGUCUUUCCUAUCAGCCUGCUGCCCUGGGAGUUGGAUCAGCUGACAUGGGGUAUCCUGUACUCUUUGCUGGUGGCUUGAACGCUGCACACCCUCACCAGUUGCUCGGUCCAGGCAAAGAGGGGGGAGUUCCCCCAGUUCCUAGCCAGCCAGCACAUGGCACUCAAGCUGACCAAGAGAGGAUGUGCACCCCACUGGAUGGAGUCCACUACUCAGCAGCUACUCCUUCUAGUAGUGAGGACACAGAAACGGUAUCAAACAGCAGUGAAGGGAAGAGUGGCUCCCCACAUGACCUUUUGGAGACCAUCUUUAUCCGGAAGGUGGGAGCUUUUGUCAACAAACCCAUUAACCAGGUGACCAUGGCCAACUUAGACAUUCCUUUUGCCAUGUUUGCUCCCAAGAAUGUUGAGCUGGAAGAUAACGACCCCAUGGUCAAUCCUCCUGACUCCCCAGAAACCGAAUCUCCUCUACAAGGCAGCUUACACUCGGAGGGCUCCAGUGGCAGCAGCACAGGGAACACCCAUGAUGACUUUGUUAUGAUUGACUUUAAACCAGCAUUUUCAAAAGAUGACAUUCUUCCAAUGGACCUGGGGACGUUUUACCGUGAGUUUCAGAACCCCCCUCAACUCAGCAGCCUCUCCAUUGACAUUGGAGCGCAGUCCAUGGCAGAGGAUUUGGAUUCGUUACCAGAGAAGCUGGCAGUCCAUGAGAAAAACGUCAAAGAGUUUGAUGCCUUUGUAGAAACCUUGCAGUGAAGCUGUUUUCCAGUUUUGCUGCAGCAGUUCUUCCUCCUCAAGGCAUCCUGGAGAAUGACAUCAACAAAUAUCUCCAUGGCCCCUGCUCUGCGUUUUGUCUCACUUUGACUAGUUCCUUCCAUCAAGUGAGCUUUCUUUGAUUGCUCUCUUCAACAGCAGAUACAGCUCAUCUGCUGAUUUUCCUCAAUGCCACCGCAUAGUUCUGGUCUGCUUUUUCAGCUCACAGUCAGUUCUACAUCUAAGACUUCAGUAGGGACACAGGAAGUCAAACUCCAGUGUAUGAAACUUAUUUUCUCCGCAGUCUCUGUUCUGUGUGGAGGGGCUUUGUGAAAAGUUGCCAUAUGCUUCCUCCAAGGGUCCUACGGUGUAAGUUCCCUAGGUAUAGCCUCUUGCUAACAGACCUUUUCCUACAGUCUCUGAUCCUGUUAGAGCAUGGAAAGCUUUGGCUGAUUUCCAGGGCCUGUGAGUUCAGCAGAGUCAACAGUUUUAAGUCCAGGACGUGCAUUCCACAGAACAGGGCAUUUCAUCCCGACUUCAGCGUGAAUGCCUGGAGCCCAGGAAGAGGCGUCAGCUUUGGGACCUGUGUAAAACACGUUAUCUUUGUCUCUCUGCUUCUGAGGAACUGGGUCUCUACACGGUCGUUUUGUGUGAGGCCGCCUGUUACACUGGCUGAGAAGCAGGAAUGAAAGUACAGAAGCGCUUUCCACAUUUCCUUCCUGAGUGCACUGACACUGGGCCAUGCUGAGUUAACCAGCGUUGACUGUUGGCACACCUGCACGUGGCAGCUGUGAUGACGCUGAAUUCGUAGUCUCUGCUUCCGAAAUGUAACUGUAAAUACUAGGAAUCCUAUUUCUUUAGGGUUGUGUAACUAGCAGUCUUAGUCCAAGAUUCUUUCCUCUAACCCUUGCAAACCUUCCUGCUUUAUGGUUAAUAGAUGAUCUUAAGAAUCAAGAAAUAUUUAUUGCUUUCAAAGAAACCUAUAUUUAAAAGAUGUUCUGUUUUCAUGUAGUAGUGCGGGUCGUUCUGCCCUGGAUCACUGCAGACAGCAAGUGUGCCAUGGAACCCUGGCCAGUGAGACUGGUCGCUCUUUGCAGGAAAAUAUCCAAGAUAUUUAUUUUCUAAGACAGACUUGAUUAUUCUAAUAUAAUACUCUGUUUUGGGGUCUGUGUGUCCAUUACAUCUAGUCAGGCCCCACUGAUAGAAUGAAAUGCACACAUCAGUCUAACAGAGUGGCAGGGACUUGGUGAAAAGCUGUAUUCUGAUAGGCAUGGAUGAAUUUGCAGUGUUCUUCAGCCAUUCAGAAGGCAGCUUCUUUGAAGAAGCACAUUUUUGGGGGAGCUUAUGGUACUUUUAAAUCAGCUGGCUUUUGAUUAGCUGAAAUUUUAUUUUUGUAAUGAUCUGGCUAUCAACAGUGUGACUGGCUGGCAGUGCUCUAUGGUUGAUUUGGCUGUUGCGUGUCUUUUACCUGGUAUAAGGACAGUGACACUAAACACAAACUUAGAUAAGGUAGGUCUUCUUGUGGCGCUCAUUCUCCUCCUCCCAUGUGUAACUAGAGUGAGCAACUGCAAGACCCCUUACUGUCCUAAAACACUUUUCUUUCUUUCUACAGAAGUGGGGUUGUGUUGCCUCAGUACUGAGGAACCAUCUCACUUUCCUUAGAGUGGCUGAGGAACCAGCCUUCUAGUUAGUGCAGUGUGGCAGCCUCUUCAACUUGGCUGCAUUCUUAAUUGAAAGAGAUUGUUAGCAGCAGACGGGGCAACCUCAACUCCUUUCUAGAACACUACUCUGUGCUGCUGCUAGAGCAAGGAACGAAGCUCGGAAUAGAGCUUAGAGUAAGGUCAGAGCAACACAAUGCUUUGAACUUUACCAGCUUUUUUGUUGAGUGACAGAUAUGUCCAGUGGGAGGCUGUGUGAGCUCCAAAACUCUAGGCAGGAGCUUUAUUGAAGGAAAGCUGCCCACCAGAACCUUUUUAUCACACUCAACCAAUUCAACUUUUCAGCAACCUCACACAGAAGUUGCUUAGUCCUUGCAAAAUAAGAUGCACAAAAAUCUAAGCAAGCUUCCAGGACAAACAGCUCACAAGAGGGCUUAAUUACAGAUACUUGAUCCCUACAGUCAAAGCCACCUUGUUUUCCAGGUGGAAAGGGUCGCAGAAGGGUGCAGGAACACAAGGAAUUAAUGGAUUGGCUGGCUCUUGCCUCUGCUCAGGAAGUCGGUCUCUGCCACCUUGUAGAAAGCAGCUCACAGACAGAUGGUUGCUGUCACCUUUCUCUUAGUGUAUGAGCUGUACUUGGGAAAGUGACAUGAUCUGGGCUGCAAAGCAGCAGAAAUGGGGUAAAGUGCUGGUUCACACUGUAUUAGUGGAGAAAAACAGACUUAGUCUGAGUAUCUAGCCAGUGCUACUGCUGUCCUCACACUGACAGGCUGUGGAGUUGGCAGACCUCAUGCCGUCCUUGCCGAUCCCAUCCAGCAGGUCCCCUGAGCCAAAUACUCAUGCUCAUUUGUUGAUGCAGUUCCUAACAUGGCUACAGCUGCCAUAUCUCAUGAGGCAGAAUGCCAGCAUAGCAUGUUUUCUCUACUUCAAAAGGCUGGACAUUGGCCUAAAGAAGCUGCUAGUGUUGAGCUGGAUGGCCACAGCAAUAAUGAGAUUCUCCAGUGCUGAGUUAUGUGCCUCUUCUGGACAUUCCUCAGUUUCAACACAUAGUUGCUGCAUCUAGGCUCUGAGUUCCCUGACCACUGCACAAAUGCUCUGCUUCAGGAAAGAUCCAGCUGCUGCUGUGGCCUACCACAGAUUGUGUUACGAAGGCUGUUUAUUUUAGCAGCUGUCUGCUCGAUUCUCUAUUAAGGACAGUACAUAUGUAGCUGCUGAUUUAUAGAUACUUUGGGUGAAGGGGAAGGCUCCUAAAUUGUAUUGUUUUGGAAAUACUCUCCCAAUGUACGUAAAGUAUUCAAAUAAUUUCCAGUAAAACUUUUACGUAAGCAA